GCGACAGGAGCUCUACCGUGGAUUCCAUGAGACAUACUUAGAUUCAUUAACAAUUAUAUACGUGAUAAAGAAAACAACGUGAUUCGUAAAAAAAAAAAGAAUAAUAAUCGAAAAUACAACAAAUUCCUAAUCAAAGAAACAUUGGACGUGCAGCAUUCGUGUCAUUCAUUAACGCGCGAUUUUUGUGAUUAGGCUAGCUUAGAUCAGGUGUGUCAUCAUGAAGACUAUCCUUUCGAGGACUUUGAUUGUCGCUUUGAUCCUUGGGACAGGAGUGUUGGGAUAUCCACCGCAGGAGAGACUUAUGCCAGAUGGUGCACCAGUUCCCGAGGACGCUGUAAUACACGAGGAUUCAAUAGCAUCAGCAUCGGAAACCGGUGAGGAUUAUGCGGACGGCGAUGAUUCCGACAUGUAUAUGGAGACUGAUGGUGAAGAGACGAUGACGGAUCACGAAGAAAAUCGAACGGAAAGGAUUGAAUUAGAUACGACGACCAUGAAAACCGAUGACAAGCAGAAUGAUACAAGUACAGAUGAAACGGAUACGAAAGAUCAGGAAACGAAGAAUACUGAAUUAUCUCCUCAAGCUCAACAACCAUCCUUGGAUGCUGAUAAAAGCUUGGAAACCGAGAGUCAAAACUUCUUUCCAUCUUUCGCUGAAUUAUUCAGUAAUCACAGGUUACCAUUGAACGAUCAACAACAAAGAUACAGACCCAACAGGUUCUUGGGUUACUUUCAACGCGAUCGUGGUGUCUAUCAAACAGCUUCGGCAUCUUCCAAAGAGGUGCAACAUCCCCUUUUGGGUUCAGGAAACUUCGGAGUUAUUCGCGGUGGAACUUACUAUCCCGAAGAUAAGGAGAACGAAGAGUAUGCUGUUGAAGAUACACUCUAUAAUCCUUAUUAUCACGGUGCGACUGGUCGUGCUCGUGCCAAUUACUAUAGGAACCCUAAACCUCAACCAGUUAGAGGAGGCGACUUCUUCGCUAACUUCCGUGAUUUCGCCGACAUCACUGCACCACCUAAGUCGAGUUUCUCUCAUCUUUCCGUUGUAUACGCGAACAAGAAUGGUAGCUCUACAGGACGUAUCACGGAACCGAGAAACAUCAUUGAAACUCUGAGAAUGUUGGAGGAAGAGGAACAGCGGUCAAAUGUUAUGGAAACGGCAACUACGGAAAUCCCUAGGAAGAAGCUUAGUAAAGGGAAGAGGAAAUUAAUCAAGAUGAAACAAUACGACGAGGAUAAGGCGAGAAGAUCUCGCGUAACGAUAGAACCACUUUUAGCAUUGAGUUGAAAACUGAGUUCGUACUUAUUAGUGUUUACGGUUUAGAGGGGACGAGAAACUUUUGGGAUAACGUCCUACACGCGCUUAAAUAAUAUUUGGCCCUCGAGAAAGAUCGAUAAACAAGAUUCUUAACCAAUUACUCUUUCGAUUGUAGGAGGUCUAAAAAAAUGCGUAUUAGUUUAUGUCUCAGUCGCAUAGAGAUCGAGAUAUUAAUUAUCUAUUUCUUCCUAUUACGUUUGUUUAACAAAAUUGAUCAUUUCUCGAACGAUCCAACAAAUGCGUCAGAAGUAUAAGAUAUAAAUAUCGUUAUCGAUGAUACGAUAUAUACGUAAUAUAAUAAUAAUAAUAAUAAUAAAAUAAUAAUAAUAAUCCUACUAAUAGUUAAAGUAUUAAAUAUUCAUUAAGUAGAUUAAAUAAUUAAAUAGGAAUGAUCGUAAGUUGUAAACGUAUACGUGUGAUAUUAUUGAAGAUGUCAUCCAAUGAUGAAAGCUAACGAUUAUUAUUAUUAUUAUUAUUAUCAUCAUCUACCACCGAUUCAUGGGCACGCGCCAAAUUGAUCGUGCGAGAGUAGCGCAUGCACUUUCGUUACGCUCGAGUAGGCCUGAAUACCGGAACGAGUAAACGAGUAAACGGAGAACGACGACACGAGCUCUUUCGCUUGCUCGUUCGUUCAUUCGUUCGUUCAUUCGUUCGUUCGUUCGUUCAUUCGCGCGAUAAAACGUGGGCUUCGAGAUUAUACACAAGUCCAGGACAAACUGACAGACGAAUGAACUGACAGACAGACAGACAGACAGACAGACGCACGCGACUACUACUCGUCGUUCUGCUCGUGACUGCUCUCCUACCGCACAAAAACCAUCAACGAUUUAUUUGCAUGUUACCUCAAUUCACUUUACCACCUGGUAAAUUCAACUAAAUGCAUUCUACAUCAUAGUAUUCGAUAUCGCAUACACAGGUCAAUCUUACUGCGAGUUCGAUCAUUGUGCUAUUUCCCUCCCCCCUCCAUCAAAAGUAUAAUACAGGUGGAGAAUACGCAAAUGAAAUAAUUUAAUAAGAUGAUAAGAUUAAUCGUAAAAAUUUAAACGGGAUUGGUUGAAAUGCUAAGAAAAACAAUAAGAAAGAAGAA